CUGGGCCAUUUCUGAGUUUUCAUUCAAGAAACCGGUCUGAACUCACACCUUUCUGGAGCAGAAAUGGCAGCAGCAGAUAUCCUUGCCUUUGCUUUGUGGAUCAUCGUAUUCUUCCCAUCCGUCCACUGCUGUCCUGAGCUCUGCACCUGCUCGGAUAAAUUUGGUCGUCUUUUUGCUCAAUGCUCCUUCAAAUAUUUAACCGAAGUCCCGGAUGGUUUGCCUUUCAAUGUGAUGACCUUGAGUCUGUCCUUUAACCGGAUCACUACAAUCCCGUUGGGACGCUUUGACAAUGUUACUGAGAUAACCUCCCUGUGGAUGACCCACAACAUUAUCGUCUCCAUCGAAGAAGGGAGCCUCGUAUCUUUGGUUCAUCUUCGGAACUUUGACAUUAGCCACAAUAAGAUGGUAGAUUUCCCCUGGGGGGAUCUGCAGAACCUGACAACUCUGGAGAUGCUGAAGAUGAAUCACAAUGAGCUGUCCCACCUGCCCAGAGAUGCCUUUUCCAACCUCAAAGACCUGAGGUCCCUCAGACUUAACAAUAACAGAUUUGGAACCAUAGCUGAGGGGACAUUUGAUGGUCUGGUGUCUUUGUCACAUUUACAAAUUUUUAGCAAUCCUUUUGUGUGCACCUGCACCUUAAACUGGCUCAGAGACUGGAUCUCCACAACCACCGUCUCAGUGUCAGAUCAGUGUUUGAUCACUUGUGCAACUCCCAAGGAGCUUAAAGAUGAAGUCAUUUCAAAAUUGCCUGAGUCCAAGUGCACGAGCCCAAAUGUCACAAUUCUGAUUAAGCCACAUGUUCCCAACAUGGUUUUCAAUGAGAAGACCAAAUUAAUUUUGACUUGUGAGUUCAAAGGAAACCCAAAGCCACUGGUGGUGUGGAAUAUUCCCAGCAGAGGCCAAAAACAUGAGGUGGCUCUGUCCGUUGCUGAUGACGGCUCAGCAGAAUCUAAUGAAGGUUUUGACUCCGUUAAAGUGUUUAAUAACGGCACUGUUCUCAUUUCAAGCCUCAGAAAAGAGAAUGGCGGAGACUACAGCUGCUCUGCAACAAAUGGGUUUGGCAGAGCUGAAGAUUCAGUGUCUGUUAAGGUGGUUCCACGUCCAAAACCAACAGCCAUCAAACUGAUGACAACAGUGUUUACUUCCACAAGCCCAUUGAUGCAACAACAAACAAAGAGAAAAACGGUUUUUGAUUCUCUGUAUCCUCCAGAUUUAAAACGAAAAGACCAUUUGACAGUUGAAUCUACCAUCCUGCCGACUGCAAGCAUCAAUUCUAAAUUUUAUGAGGACGCAACAAGAUAUGUGACAGGUUUACGCAAAUGUGGCUUAACUGCAAACACAAAAAACUUUUCAAGCUACAUCCUGAACGCCAGCCUGGACGGCAUAAAGCAGUACACAUUUGACUUUGGUGUCAUUGCACUGGGGGUGUCAGAAACCAAGGCAACAGUGCGACUCAAUCCUCUACUCAUACCCAGAGACAGGAGCCCCAACAGAGCCAAGAGCUUCCAGAGUGAUGGCGAGGAGACCUCUGGUUUUCCAGAUUUCCUGGAAAAAGACCACUCAAGUGGUUUGUAUCUGUGCAUCGCUGCAGAUAACAAACACUCUGCCAUGCAGUGGUCCCAGAUCAAAGAAGGAGUCAACACCUACCUGUUCAGUGGUUUACAGCCUGAAACCAACUACUCUCUGUGUCUGACCUACAGAGGGGAGGACUGUGAAAUCCAGGUGCUGUUUACCACCAGACAGAGGGUACCGAACCUCAUCAUUAUCUCAGUCAGCAUCUGCCUGCUCACUGUGUCCACUGUGCCUCUGCUUGGAGCAACAUGCUUUCACCUAGUCUACAAAUACCGCAGCAAGACUUACAAGCUGAUCCUCAAGGCCAAAGACCAGUACCUCCUGAAGAGGAAGCUGACCAACUUGAGCUUGCACGCUCCCAUCACAGAAUCUCAGAGGAAGAUAAAUGAGGACAACGUAGAGACAGAGAGCGUAGAUGAUGAUGAGGAGAAAGAGGCAGACACAGAGGAAAGUAUUGUUAGCGAGUCUUUCACUUGUAUAGGAAACAUAAACGACUGUGAGCUGGGAUAUGAGUAUAGUGACGGGCUGCCUUUGGGGGCUGAAGCUGUAAAUAUUACCAGCAACUACAAAUAUCCUGAGGACUAAUCUGCAAAUGUGUUCUGACCCUGAUCAGCCUUACUUUUCAAUUGUACUAGUAGUUUGGUUUUAAAGUAAAUGUACAGUAUGAUUUUCAAGAAAAAUGUUCUACCACACUUUUAAAGCAGCAUCAAUGCAUGAUGCUGCCACCACCGUGUUUCAUGGUGUGGAUGGUGUGUUCAAGGUGAUGUGCUGUUAGUUUUCCUCUGCACAUAGCCUUUUGCACGAAUACCAGGAGGUUUAAUUUUGGUCUCAUUUGACCAGAGCACCUGCUUCCAUCUGUUUGCUGUUUCUCCUGCAUGGCUGAUGGCCAGCUGUCAAAAGUACUUCUUAUGGGUUUCUUUGAACAACACAGCAGCUUUCUGGUUGUCACUUUUCCUUGAAGGCCAAACUAAUAGCUGUCCUGUUGACAGAUUACCUCCACCAGACCUGUUGAUCUCUGCAACUCCUCCAGAGUUACCAUGGUUCUCUGGACACUUCUUACUAAUUAGGUGACCUCUGAAGGAUGGUGAUUGCACAAACCUUUAUUUGGGGUAUCAGAGUAAAGGGCACAAAAAUAAAUUACCAAAUGUUUUAAUUAUGUUUGUAAAACAUUUUUAAAUUUAUCCUUUUCCUACCACUUUGCAAUUAUGCUCUCUUUGUGUAAUAUGUUCUCUGGGGUCAGAAAGAAAAAAGUGAAGAAUGGUCUGCUCUUACGGUAAAUAUUUAAAUACAUGUUUGCUGUUGUGAAAGUGAAUAUGUUUAUGAAUUUGUGUCUCAUUAGGAAUCUAGUUCAAACCCAGAAGACUAACAUAAUCAUUUAAGAGAGUUUAAUUGUUUCAAGAAUAAUCUGUUUGCCCUGUAAUAAUAUAAAGAUGUUCUGUCAAAAUAACCAUAAAAACUGUAAACUUGCUCUGCCUGUUGGCAAAAUAUGUACAAGGACUUCAGUAUUAUCCAAUUGUGUCCUGGGUCUAUCUAGGCUGCUGUUUUAGGGGACCUGCAUGUUAACCUGGAUGUUGUGUCUUCAUUGUUCUCAACUCAAAAUUCAACUUUAUAUCUGUACUUCUUGUCUGUUUAAACCCAAGUGUUAAAGGAAUUUGUCUAUUUUAAUUAAAUCUCCUCUAACCUUCAAUGAGCCUCAAUAAAAUGUAAAAACUCUUUUAA